AUGUCUCAAUAUCUAGUUGUCAAUGAACAAUGUUUGACAAAGGCAAAUGAAUUUGUUCAAAUGGGACAACCAAUUGCAGCUUUGGACACAAUGAGAGAGUUAUUGUUGUUCAGAAACAUUUGGCAUCCAUCGUUGGAACAUGUCAUGUCGUUGUAUAUCAGAUUGUGUGUUGAUAUUCAACCAGGUACACCAGCAGCAAGAGAUCAAGUGUUAUACAUUAAGGAUGGUCUUCAUCAAUAUCGUGGAUCACUCACCAAUCAAAAGGAGUUCAACGUUGUUCCAUUGGACAAUAUCUUGAGAGAUUUGUUGACUCGUUUGGAUGCCAAGCUCGAGGAAGCCAAGAGUGCUGCCGCCGCAGCUUCCGAAGGUCUCGAAGCCGAGGCUGCCGCUGCCAUCACCGAAGAGAAAUUGAACCCACAAUUGAAAUUGAUGUCGGAAGUCUACCAAAUCCUCUUGGAUAUCCUCAAGCACAACAAGCUCGAAGCUAUCUACCAGAAGAUCUCUGCACAAGCCAUCAACUUUUGUCAAGUCUAUGACCGUAAAAAGGAUUUCUACAGAAUCGGUGAAAUCUUCCGUAACCACGUAGAGAACCUCAUCAAAUCCGCCAAUCAAUACACCACACCAGACACCAUCUACACUCACAUCGAUGUUCGUUUCUCACAGUUGAACGCUGCCAUCGCCAUGGGAAUCUGGCAAGAGGCAUUCCGUUCCAUCGAGGACAUCAACAGCUUGUUUGGUUUGCUCGCCAAGCCAAAGCCAAACGUGUUGGCCGCCUACUUCCAAAAGUUGGCACAAAUCUACUGGGUUGCCGGUUCACACCUCCUCCAUGCCUACGCUCUCUACAAGCAUCUCUACUACAAUAAGACCUACAACACCAACUUCUCCAACGAAGAUUCAAUGUUGUUCUCCUCGGUCUUGUUGGUUGCCGCCAUCUCCUCGCCAGUCCAAGAGUCAUCGCAAUCCUCUUUGUUGCAAUUCGACGCACAAUCACAGAGAAACACAUCGUUGGCUUCAUUGCUCGGUCUCUCUGCCUAUCCAAAGAGAGAGACUUUCAUCGCUGAAGUUCGUCGUAUCGCCACCAACGUCUACCCAGAGUUAGCCGAUCUCAUGAACACCUUUGAUCGUCGUAGCUCACCACUCAACUUGGCCACUCAAUUGGCACCAAAGAUUGAGUUUAUCAAGCAACACCCACAAUUGGCCCAAUACAACAAGUCAUUCCUCAAGACCAUCUUCACCAAGAUCGCUCUCCAAGUCAGUCAAGUCUUUGAGGUCAUCAAGAUCAGCGAGUUUGUCAAGUUGAUCCCAUUCUUUGACCGUAAUGAAAUCGAAUUGUUGUUGCUCGACUCGAUCAAGCGUAAAUUGAUCGGUGCUCGUAUCGACCACCGUAAUGGUGUUGUCCGUUUCGGUCACUACGACUUUGAUUCCGCCAACAUCGGUGACCAAUUGUCCAACUUGGCUCAAGGUGUCCGUAAGGCUCUCAAGAUGAUCGAGUCCGAGCGUAAGGACGACUCUGCUGCCAAAGUCAAGCGUGAAGUCUACGUCAAGAUUAUCAACAGUUUGGGUGACGAACACCGUCGUAUCUUGGCUCGUAAGGAGAUCAUCGAGAAGAAGAAGAUCUACGUCGAGCAACAAGAGCGUCUCCGUCGUCAACGUGAAGAGGAACAAUUGGCUGCCGCCGCUGCCCAAAAGGCAGAGAAGGAUCAAGCCAUGGUCAAGGAGAACUUGGAGAGACGUGAGAAUGAGAACAAGGAACCAACUCGUUCUCAAAUGAUCAAUCAAACCAUCAACGCCAUGGACAAGGCCAAGGUCGAGAUGGCCACCAAGGUUGCCAAGCUCUCAAAGCAAAUCUACUAUUUGGAGCGUGCCUUCAGACAUGAGGAAGUCCCAGUCAUCAAGUCUCAACUCGAAGCCAAGCAAUCCGAGGACAGAGAAUACUUUGCCGCUCAACAAGCUGAACACCUCGCCAAGCACAAAGAGAGAUUCGAAUUGGACGUCAAAGAGAAGCACAGACUCGCCAGAAUGUUCGACGACAUCCAAGCUCACACCAACAAGGUACUCGACCAAAGAAGACAACACCUCCCAGCAUUGCAAAAACAACAACAAGCCAGAUUCGAGAAGUUCAUGGAGCAACAGGCUGCCGAACAAGCUGCCAAGAAGGCCAAGAAAGAAGAAGAGAAACGUAUUGCCGAAGAGAAGCGUAUUCGUGAAGCUGAGGAAGCUGCCCGUCUUGAAAAGGAAAGACAAGAAGCUUUGGCCAACGAAACUUACUCACAAAGAAAGGAAAGAGAGAGACGUGAAAAGGCUGCCGCCGAUGCUGCCGCCGGUGUCUCUCCCAAGGAAGAAAACUGGAGAGGACGUGAUGAGCCAAGACGUGAUGAGAGUUGGGGAAGAGAGCCAAGACGUGAUGAACCAAGAGAAGGUGGUUGGGGAAGAGAACCAAGACGUGAUGAACCAAGAGAAGGUGGUUGGGGAAGACGUGAUGAACCAAGACGUGACGAUGGUCCAUGGGGAAGACGUGAAGAGCCAAGACGUGACGAACCAAGAGAAGGUGGUUGGAGAGAUGCUCCAAGAGAUGCUCCAAGAGAUGCUCCAAGAGAUGCUCCAAGAGAUGCUCCAAGAGAUGCUCCAAGAGAUGCUCCAAGAGAUGCUCCAAGAGACGCACCAAGACGUGACGAUGGUCCAUGGGGAAGAGAACCAAGACGUGAUGAACCAAGAGAAGGUGGAUGGAGAGAUGCUCCAAGAGAUGCUCCAAGAGACGUACCAAGACGUGACGAACCAAGAAGAGAAGAGGGUGGAUGGAGAGAUGGUCCAAGACGUGAUGAGCCAAGAAGAGAAGAAGGUGGAUGGAGAGAAGGUCCAAGAGACGGACCAAGAGAUGGUCCAAGACGUGAUGAGCCAAGAAGAGAAGAAGGUGGUUGGAGAGAUGGUCCAAGACGUGAUGAACCAAAACGUGAAGAAGGUGGAUGGAGAGAUGGUCCAAGAGACGGACCAAGAGAUGGUCCAAGAGAUGGACAAAGAGGUGGAUUCGGUCCAAAGCGUGACGAACCAAGAGACGGACAAAGAGGUGGAUUCGGUCCAAAGCGUGACGAACCAAAGGACAACAAGAACAAGGUUGAUGCUGAUGGUUGGACCACUGUCGGAGGAAAGAAGAAAUAA